ACAUAACAUCGAAAAUACGUCACGCAUUGAAUUUCAAGAUGGCAGCCCCCAUGUAUGUGGCCGAGUGAGGGCUGAUGAGGCUGGAGAUUGUGGAUCAGUGAGUUGGAGAAGUCUAGCAUUACCAUGGCAACAAGGAUCACAAAGAAACUGGUGUCUUUAUCAGGCAGAUGUACACGUAACAUACCUCAAAAGACAAGAGUGUUUUCUACAUCAAGCUCAUCUUUCUCAUCAUCGGACUAUGUUCAAACCAUCAGUCAUGUUCCCACAAUGCAUUUCCAACCAGCCAUUCCACAGCUACCCAUCCCAACACUACAAGACACCUGUCAACGUUACCUAGCAACCCAAGGAGCUUUUCUCAGCCAAGAGGAAUUUGAGGAGACGAAGGCCAUAGUUGAGGAGUUUGAGAGAGGAGAGGGUCAUGAGCUAAACAUUGAAUUGGUGGAGCAGAACAAGAAAAACAGUCACACAAGCUACAUUACAGAUUCUUGGCUGGACAUGUACUUAACAUACAGAGCUUCAGUUGUACUCAACUCCAAUCCUGUAACCUUGAUCAGUGAUGACUCUAGGCCAGCCUAUAUGCAACAGAUACUUAGAGCAACAAAUAUCACCGUCUCAGUAUUGAGAUUCUUGAAGACUUUGAGGGAAGGAAAACUGGUACCUGAUGUCAUUCAUAAGAACCCAGCAGUGACCGACACUGAAGAAUUUUGGCGAUCUGUUGGGUCUAUGUCUGCACAUGAAGCCUACAGACACACAGUGAAAAGCAAUGCGUACCCUUUAGAUAUGAGUCAAUUUCAACGUAUUUUCAACGCAACGAGAAUCCCUCAACCAAUCAGAGAUGAGCUGUUUUGUGAUGUGACCCAACGUCAUGUGCUGGUGAUGUGCAGGGGUCGUAUGUAUGUAGUGGAUGUACUGGAAGAAGAUGGGGGUAUUGUAUCUGGACAGAUCAUCCAAGCUCAUCUUCAGUUUAUCUUUGAUGAUUCUGCAUCCUCUCCACCGCAGGAUCAUCCUGUCGGUUUCUUGACCACACAGGACCGUGACACGUGGACACGUCUUCGGCAACAAAUUGUAGAAUUAUCUAAAGAUAACCAAGACAACAUGACGCUGAUAGAUUCAGCUCUGUUCUGCCUGUGUCUGGAGGAUGAUCUAAGCAAUGAUAAUGUGGAAGACAUUAAGAGGGGACUGUAUGGAAAUGCUGGCAAUAGAUGGUUUGAUAAAACGAUCCAGCUCAUCGUUACAAAAGCCGGACGCUUACUUAUAAACUUGGAGCAUUCUUGGGGAGAUGGAUUAACCUUGAAGAGAGUGGUAACUGAGGCCUUUCAGGACUCUAUCGACCGACCUACUGUGUCACCAGAGGGCGCCAUUAGCAACGUAGAUCACUCACAGACUGUCAGGAAGCUUGAAUUUAGCUUUGAUACUGUUAUUCACCAAGGCAUUGAGAAGGCCCAGCUUGAUCACGUACAUAGAACCAAUCAGCUGAAUAUGCAGUGUAUGGACUACAAUAAAUAUGGAUCUACCUUCCUGAAAGAGUGUAGACUGAGCCCAGACGCUGUAGCACAGCUGGCCAUGCAGAUAGCUUAUUCUCGAAUAACUGGUCACACCGCAGCAACCUACGAGUCCUGCAGUACAGCCCUCUACAAACAUGGCCGUACAGAAACAAUCCGAUCUGCCACGAGCGAGACCAAGAGAUGCGCUGAGGCAUUCAAUGGAAACACUUCAGUCAGUCUAGCAGAGAAAGUCAGUUUACUUAAAGCAUGUUCUGAUAAACAUAGACAGCUCUCAGCACAGGCAACGGCUGGUCAAGGUUGGGAUCGUCACCUUUUUGCGUUACGUGUCUUAGCAAUGAAGUCAGGAAAGUCCAUCCCUAGAUUGUUCCAAGACUCUGCCUAUGCAAACAUAAACACCAUCACUCUAUCAACAAGCACAAUGGGUAGAAAUACUGCCAGUGAUGGCGCAGCAUUUGCUCCUGUGUCACCCACAGGACUAGGGAUGGCAUAUUCUGUUGGGAGAGAUGGUAUGCAAUGGACUGGUUCUAGCUACAAGACAUCACCAAAUCUGUCAGACUUUGUAGAAUGUAUCCAACAAGCAUCUGACGAGAUUCAUGAAGUCUUAAAAAAGCCAUGAAAUGAUGUUUUGAAAGUCAAAAUAUAUAUUGAUAUAUAGAUAUUGCAGGACACAAUUAGUUAACUGCUAAUCAUGAAUAUUGUUAUAAAUUUGUGUGGUAGUUUAAAGGGACAUAAUAUAAGUCCUACAAACUUGCACAAUUAGUUAAACAAUCUUAACCGUUUAAUCUGGGGGAGUAUCCUAGAAUGGACUGUUCCACAUUUCUAAGAGGGGGAGGUCUUAUUUUAGCUUAUUAUUUUUUUUCAAUUGGAUACAGGACUUUUUCAAAAAAUAUAUUUGAUGCUAAGGUAGUAAAUAAGAAUACUGAUGUGUUUAUAAAUAUACCAAUCACUGGGUUGUUAAAGGACUCGAAUAAUCUAAGACAAAGGCAGUGGACACUAUUGGUAAUUACUUAAAAUAAUAAU